AUGAGUACCAAAAAGAAGAACAGCAAAACAAAACAAAAGAUUAAAAGUACAAAAAGAAGCAGCGAUCCUGUAAAAAAGGACAGCGCACUUUUGAACGGGCCGCUUCCCAAACAAAAUAAUUCAAAAAAUACGGUGGAAAGGCACAACCGCACUGAUAACGUGGUGUUGGAUCUAAACGAGCAAGUAAUACAAAACAUGAAGUACAAGGAUGCUGCGCCGUCUAUAAUAACAUUGAUUGGUCCGUCUGUGCUCUGCACGAAUUUGCUCCGGUCGAUUACCACGAUUUUGUACAAAAAGAGCAAAAAUGUUGAUGGACCUGUGACACUGCGCACGAGUAAGACACGUAGAGCAACGUUCAUCAAAGUAGAAAAUGAUAUUAUGGAGAUGGUAGAUGCCGCCAAAAUAUCUGAUCUUGCUAUUUUGGUGGUAGACGGUGACAAGGGCGUGCAAAGGGAACAGAUAGAAUUUAUUACGCUGCUGAGCGCAUUUGGUAUGCCCAGGAUGUUAGUGCACGUUACCGUUGAUGACAAAUCGGGCGUAAACAUCAAUAAAAUUGUAAAGGACAUCAAAAAAGUGGUGUGGAGAGAAAUAGCACCAGGCAUAAAAGUGAUUACCAACGUAAAAAUAUUGGUAAAUUGUAUAGCGGUGUUUAAGAACCGGCCGCUCAGCUUUAAAUGCUCCAAUUCGUACAUUGUAGCGGAUUAUGUCAGGAAAGAAGAAAAUGGCAUGCGGUUGAGAGGUUACGUACGGGGAAAGCGGAUGCUUAGAAAUGCAAAUUUUUAUGUACCGGGCGUGGGAAAUGUACAGGUUGGUGACAUUACAAGGAUCAAAGAUCCAUGUGAGAUUCAGAAUGAUGAGAAAGUUUUGGAAAGAAGGAAGGUGUUCAUGUACGCGCCACGUGCUCUUGGUGAUGAGGAAGUGGCCGAGGAGGAGGUGGUGGAACUGUCUGAGAGUGAGGAGUUUGUGUUGUACGAGGGACAAAAAUUUGAGUGUGAGGGAGUAAGUGCAGAAGACUCAGCAGGUGAUGGGCAGGACGAAGGUGAGCAAGAGACAUUUCAAGACUCUAAAGAUGAACAUACGUUGGAGAAAGAGCAAGGUGCCGUAAACUCGGUAGCUCACGAGAACGGCAAGGCUGCAGCAGGCCCUCAGAAAUGUAAUCAUGUGGAUGAAACGGAGUUGAGCUUUGAGAGCCUGCGCCAGAAGGCACUUCAAAAAUUGAAAGAGAGCUACGAGGUCAGGGCAGAUCACUCGUCUGAGACGGAAAAUGAGACUGAAAGGAAAGAAAACAUGGCUGAUUCGGUUGGACACAUAAAGAACGCACGCAAUUCUUCAAAUAUUUUUGUGCCGGGUGAUUACGUUGAAGUGUUCAUGAACAGCACCUUCGAUUACAAGACAGACGGCAUUGUGAUCAUCUCGUCGGCGACCUACACGAAUGCCACGAUUAAUACCGCAUCUUUUACGAAUGCAAAGUAUUUUCCACAUUUCGUGAAGAGCGACGAUCCGAUCAUCGCAUCGGUGGGGUGGCAGCGAUUCAUCACCUUUCCAUCAUUCUUCAAGAGAUCGAAUGACAUGAACAUUUAUCUGAAAAGUAGCAGCGAUAACUGCUAUUUCAGCUAUUUCGGGCAGAUGGAGAGCAAAGGAAAUGGUGUAGUGCUGGUUCGACAGGUAAAUGAGGGGAGAGCAAAGAACAGGGACAACAAUUUCUUUUACAACUUUAGAAUAGUAGGCAUGGGACGGGUGCAGAGCACAAAGAUGGUGAACAUGCAUGCGACCAGCUCGGAAGAGAUCAGCAAUGACCAUUUCAUACAUAAGAAGCUCAAAUUGAUUGGAAAGCCGUAUGCAAUAAAGGGCAACACAGCAUUUGUCAGGGACAUGUUCAACACUAAUUUGGAAGUGAACAAGUUUUUGUACGCAGGUGUUAAAACUACGAGCAACAUACGGGGUGUGAUAAAAAAGGCGCUUGAUAGGAACGGCAGUUUUAGGGCAUCGUUUGAGGGUGAGAUCGCAAAGAAUGAUGCGGUAAUUCUGAACACGUUCGUAAAGAUAAGCAUUAAUGAACUGUUUUACACCGUGGACGAGAAGUUAAAGGAGGUGCAAAGGCUUAGGCUGAGACGAGAAAUUGUGGGAGGUGCUGGGCAUGGUAAGAACGAUAGAAGAAGCAAGAGCAAUGAUUGGCGGCGUGAGGACGGAGAAGACAAGGUUGUUAAACGCGGCAUAAAAAUUCCUGAGCACAUAAUUAGCAGGCUGCCGCUGGACAGGAGGUUGUGCUACACCGAUGUGGUUGAGGAUGAGGUUGGAUCUGUGCUCAGCCCUUUUGAAUUCGAUGACAUUGCGCUGAAGAACGAGGUUAAAAUGAAAAGGAAAUUGAUGGAGAGAGAAGCACAGAAAGAGAAAGAACAGAACGAAAGAACAUUAAGGGAUGUAGAGAAGGAAAAGCUGAGGAUAAAGAAAGAAGGAAUUAUCAAGCACAGGAUUAAAUACAGGAAAUGAAUGCUGGCAAAUGGCAGACCAUUUCUGGUCUCACUUCGAUACCGGCGUUUCCAGGGCACUGAACCGAUACAUAGUAAUUCGCCUGAUUAGCGCACGCAAUGCGCCCUGAGCACGUUAAUUAAAUUAUUCUAUCCA